CUACUCAUUAGGCAGAAAGAAAAAGGAAAUUAAAGUUCUAUCUCCCACCGCCACCGCCACCGCCGACUCUGAAAAACGCAAAUGGCGAAGAUCAUCGCCGUCGCCUUAAUGAUACUGGUUGCCUCUCUACAAACCAUUACUACUACUACCCUGGCCAAGAAGACGAAAACAGAUCUGGUCCGUUCAUCAUGCCUUCACGCCACUUACCCCCAAAUCUGCAUCCGUUCACUCUCCUCCUACUCUGCCUCCGUCUCCGCCAUCACUCCGCGCGGACUAGCUCAGGCGUCCGUACGAGUGAGCCUCCGUCGAGCCAGGAGAGCCCGGUCAUACCUGGCCACGGUCAUCAGAACCGGGAGCAAGAGGGAACAGGGGGCUCUUAGAGAUUGCGUGGAACAGCUUGGAGACUCAGUUGAUGAACUGAGCAGGACGCUGUUCGAGCUGAAUCAUCUCCGAUCGGGGACAUUCCGGUGGCAGAUGAGCAACGCCGAGACGUGGGUCAGCGCCGCCCUGACCAACGAGGACACUUGCCUUGACGGGUUUAGAGAAAUCGAAAGGAGGGUUCGAUGGGACGUCAACCGGAGGAUGAGGAAUGUCGCUAGGGUUACCAGUAAUGCUCUCUAUCUCAUCAAUCGCCUCGACCAGAUCAAUCGCCGACGCCUCCACCUCCACCGCCGACAUUAAUUAAUUAAUUAAUACCCCUUUUCAUAUAUUUGCGUGAUAAUUAUAUAUAAUAGGAUCAUAAUAUAUCAUAUAUGUAUCGUCGAACUUGAGUUGAAUGAAUCACUGAAUCAUUGUCGUAUCUUUCAGGGAAGAAUGUUUGUUUUAUAAUAUUUACAUAUAAUUGAUCAAAAAUCUAGAUUAAGA